AGAAGGCAACUUUGUAUACUUGUCAGCCCGCCCAGACCUUGCUGGGAAUUCCCAGGCUCUGACCUGAAGACCUAGGAGGAGCAGCUGUUCCCCUCCUCCACCUCGCGGCUCCUGCCCCCAUUGACUCUUGGCGUUUGUUUCCAGUUGGUCUCUGUGCAGAAUGGACCCUGUUGUUUUGAGUUACAUGGACAGUUUACUACGGGAAUCAGAUGUUUCGCUGUUGGAUCCUCCCAGCUGGCUUAAUGAUCAUAUUAUUGGAUUUGCUUUUGAGUACUUUGCUAGCGACCAGUUCCAUGACUGCUCAGACCAAGUGUGUUUUAUCAGCCCAGAAGUUACUCAAUUCAUCAAGUGUACCACCAAUCCAGAGGAGAUCACCCUGUUCCUUCAGCCUCUUGACUUGCCCCACAAGAGAGUUAUAUUCUUACCCAUCAAUAAUAACUCCAAUCAAGCAGCUGGGGGAACGCAUUGGAGUUUGUUGGUUUAUCUUCAAGACAAAAAUAGAUUUUCCCAUUAUGAUUCACAUAGCAGGAGCAACUCUGUCCAUGCAAGACAGGUAGCAGGGAAAAUGGAGGCCUUUUUGGGAAAAAGAGGGGACAAAGUGGCAUUUGUGGAAGAGAAAGCCCCUGCUCAACAAAACAGCUAUGACUGUGGAAUGUAUGUAAUCUGUAAUACAGAAGCCUUGUGUCAGAGCUUUUUUAAAGGACAGCCAGAACCACGGCUGCAGCAUAUCACACCUAUGUAUAUCACAAGGAAGAGGGCAGAGUGGAAAGAUCUCAUCUCCAAACUUGCAAAAAAAUGAUUUGUUCUGAAUAAUUAUCUUCAUCUUUUCUUGAAUUUCAAUAUUUUCUCUUUUUCUUUCUAUUCUCUAAAUCUCUGGUUCUGCACGCACGGUAGAGGGAAAUACUCAAUGUCAAGGUUGUACCCUCCUUUAAAAAAAAUAUAUCUAAUUCUCAGGCAUCAUCACAAUGAAAGGCCAUACUUUAACCAUAACUUCAGGGUAACGGAGCCUAUGAAACUACAUGUACCAAUACCUCCAAAUCGAUCACUUUCAAACUUUGGUUAGUAGUCUUUGCACCACAACUUUUAUUUUGCAAUUGAUUACAUUUAACCAUCCAUCUGCCAUUGAAAUGCAUUACUUGCAUGUAUAAUUGGUCUGUGCCAAAUUAAAAAAAAAAAAUUUUCACAAUCUAGAAAAAUUAGGAGCUAUGGUAAUGAGGAAGCAUUCACUAAAAUAGCAGAAAUGGAACAUCACACACUCAAAAAAUCACAAUCCCUUAUAAACCAACUCCUACAUACAGAAUGACCAAGGAAAUGGAAGCUGAUAAUGAUAAAACCUUAGUCAAGCUCUAAAGUAACAGGAUCAGUUUUAUUUGAGGUUGUUUAUUUCUAAAUAUUUGGUAUUCACCACAAGAAAUCUUACCCUGCAAAUCAUUGAGAAAGAUGAAAUUUAUUCACUGACCCAUUCUGUCUAAUUCCUAAAGUGCAAGAAAAAAAAUAAAAAUAUUGAAUAAUUUUGUACUAAACAGAUUACUCUGGUUUGCCUCGAUUUCAUAUCUAUUGGCAUUGUAGAGGCUGGCUGCUUCUGUGUAAUGUCAGAAGUUUUCCCUAGCCUCAACUUUUGUUACCAUUCACACAACCCCCUAAUUGAAACUACAAUUAUAAAGCUCACUGCUAAUAAUUCAUCUUUUUUUUUAAUAAUUCAUUUAAAUAUUAUAAAGAUUAAACAACUACAUGCAAAAUUCUAUUUGGCACCAUCUUGGUUUGUUGUAGAGAAAUUCUUUUGUCCUCUUUGUGAUAAUGAUAUCUUCCCCUUUUUCCUCUCCUCCCUCUCCCUAUUCUGGAAGAAGAGAUUUUAUUCAUUCCGAUUUUGCUAUUGUAUUUAUAUCAAAAGCUUAUGCUUUUUUUUUAGAAUGUUUAAAAAAAAAAAAAAGACAAAAUCACCACUUUAAACCCUUCCCUUAGCUCAAAAUGUAAACAAUAUCUGGAACCAAGAAUAAACAGAAAUGCCUCCCCACCCCA